AUGUAUUAUGACACCUUCACGCAACUCGGACUAUCCAGGAAGCAACUCUCCCAGGUACGGACCCCGCUAUCCAGCUUCACCGGAGACUCCAUUGAUACAGAGGGCUCCGUCACCCUUGAGGUGCAGAUCGGCACCCCACCGCACGUCAAGACAUGGGAGGUAGAGUUCGUGGUGGUAAAGAUCAGCUGCGCCCACAACAUCAUCCUCGGCAGACCUGCCUUGGAGGACCUCAGGUGCGUCAUCUCCAUGGAGCACCUUUGCCUCAAGUUCCCUACCCCCAUGGGAGUAAGCGUCGCACGAGAAGACCAGAAGAUUAGUCGGAGCUGCUACUUGAAGGCCUGCCGCCAAAUAACGAAGAAGGACCUCCAGGUGCACACAAUAACAGAGAGGGCACUUCGAGAGGAGGAGAAGCGACCCCGCGCCAAACCCGUGGUGGAGACGGAAGAGGUCAUCCUGGACCUCAGCCGACCUGAUAGAAUGGUGAAGGUAGGCACAAGCCUCCCGGCCGACCUCCGAGGUCGGUUUGUCGAGGUCAUCCGCAGCUACAAAGACGUGUUCGCCUGGGUCCCGAAGACAUGCCGGGCCUCAGCCGGGAGGUCAUCACGCACAAACUGGCGGUGGACCCCAAAUCCAAGCUUGUCCAACAGAGGAAGCGCUACCUCACCGCAUAUAGACGAGAGUUUGUGA